AUGGCUUCAUUACCGACAAUCAUGAAAGCCGUGACGCUCACAGCGCUAGGAGGACCCGAGAAGCCCCUGUUCUCCGAAUACAAACCAGUGCCACGACUUCAACCUGGGCAGGUUCUGAUCAAGAACGCGUACUCGGGUAUCAAUUUCGUCGAUGUCUACUACCGCACUGGUGUCUACCCUUCUGCAUCGCUGCCCACCAUCAUUGGCCAAGAAGGAGCGGGAACAAUCGUCGCAACAUCAGGGCCCAAUCCUCUUGGAUUGGACGUCGGCGAUCACUGCCCUUCAUUCUGGUCAAUGCGUGCGACUUCCCAAGGGCAUCUCGGAGAAGGAUGCCGGCCUGUGUUUUUGAUGGGUAUGGCCGCCACGUCCUUAAUACAGACGGCCUAUUCGGUUCAGAAACGGCAGACUGUCUUGAUUCAUGCUGCCGCAGGAGGAGUAGGAUUGUUGCUGUGUCAGAUUCUCAGAGAUGUUGGCGCCAUUAUCAUUGGUACCGCUGGAGGCCCCGAAAAGUGCGCGUUGGCGAAGGAAAAUGGCGCAAGACAUGUCAUCGACUACAAAGCGGCUUCCAGUUCAAGCUGGGUCGAGCGAGUGAUGGAGCUCACGAACGGUUCUGGAGUCGAUGUGGUAUAUGACAGCGUCGGAAAAGAUACUUGGGAGGGUAGCAUGGAUGUCGCGAAACGCAAUGGCAAAGUUGUGAUCUUUGGUGAAGCGAGUGGUCCGGUGCCAGAUAUUCCGAUGCAGAAGCUUGGACAGAAAAACGUUUCCAUGAUGCGAGCUGCUCUGAAGAAUAUGAUUGCAACACGUCCAGAGCUCGAGCUGUACGCAAAUGCCGCUUUUGGCCUGGUCAAGAGCGGCAAGGUACAGGUUAGAAUCCAUCGAGAGUACUCGCUCAGGCAGGUUUCGGAAGCUCAUGUUCAAUUGGAAGGUCGGAAAACUAUGGGCAAACUUCUUAUCAAAUUGUAA